AUUUGCACGCUGUCCUCUGCCUUAUUGUUCAAAUUACUCCAACCCGUCAACCACAAAAACAGCAACCUUCCACAUCUGAGUAAAUCACCGAACAAAACCCCAUAACCUUUGCAGACGCGACCUCAGCCAGAACCUACACUGAACUCAGAAACUCUUCCAAGCCAAAUUCACAUCCCGAGACCCAACACUGAAAUCAACCACUACAAACAGAUCAAAACCACCGGCGGCAACCACCCAUCUUAGCCAUAAGCCACCACUGAAAACCUCUCUGCACAAUCUUCACCUCUUCUUUCGCAUUGCUGGAGAUACAAAGACUGUUUAAGGUUAGGGCCCAUUCUUGAAGAUGAAGGGCAUGUGGGAUAAAUGGAAACCAGCGGUGCUAAUGGCGGUGGUGCAGAUCACAUUUGCUGCUUGCAAUAUACUCUACAAGCUUACCAUUUAUGAUGGAAUGAGCACUAUUAUUCUUUCAGCCUACCGUCUCGCAUUCGCAGCGGUUACCACUAUUCCUCUUGUUUUAAUUUUUGAGAGGAAGAGACCAAACAUGACUUGGAAGGUGUUUGGUUUGGCAUUUCUCAGUGGAUUGUUUGGUGGAACUUUAUUUCAAAACUUAUUCUACGGAGCCAUGACAUUGGCGCCAGCAACCUUGGUGUCCGCACUCUACAACCUUAUUCCUUCCAUCACCUUUAUCUUGGCCAUUUCCAUCGGUUUCGAAAAAUUAAAUUGGGGAGCAGCAGCAGGAAAGGCCAAGGUGUUCGGAACUAUAAGUGGACUUGUUGGGGCAAUGGUGCUGGCCUUUUACAAAGGGAUAGUAUUUGAUAUUUGGCCUUUUCAUUUCAACCUUUAUUCAUUAUUGGACCAAACUGGGCACGAGAACGCUGACCCUGGUAAUGAAUUGUUGGGUGCUCUAAGCGUCAUAACAAGUUGCUUUUGUUUCUCUGUGUGGCUGAUCAUUCAGGCUAAGAUAAAUGAAGUAUAUCCAUGCUAUUACACAAGCAUAGCUUUGAUGUGUACAAUAGGAGCAAUACAAUCCAUUAUUUUUGGUCUUUGUGUUGAGAGGGAUUUGAACCAAUGGAAAAUGGGUUGGGAUGUCAGGCUCUUAACUGCGGCGUACUCGGGAAUUAUGGCCUCCGGAUUUAUGAUCAUUUUCGUUGCAUAUUGCAUACGAGUAAGAGGCCCUUUAUUUGCAUCUUCUUUCAACCCUCUAAUGCUUGUGCUUGUGGCUAUCGUUGCUUCUUUGACGUUGGAUGAGAAAUUAUAUUUGGGAAGUGCGAUUGGAUCGGUGCUGAUUGUGGUUGGACUAUAUGCGGUGCUAUGGGGUAAGAGCAAAGAAAUGCAAAAGAUGACUCAGUCAAAUCCAUCAGAAACCACUGGAGAUUCCGAAGCUACGAGGCCAUUGCUGGAUCCAUGAUGGACUGAUAGUAGCUUGUUAAAAUUGCAAACUUUCCUAUGCACCGUUUCUAAAAAUAGGCGUUAUUGUAUUGUAGUUGUCCUUGUACUAGGUGUCAUUGUAUUAUUCUAUUGUUGUCCUUGUAAUACUCUUCUACCGCUUAGACAACCAUGUGGCUUAAUUAUUGUCCAUAGUACUAGAUGUCAUGAAACAGAUGGAUGAAGACAAAAAAUGAAGAGGUGGAACAGUUUCAGUUUCAGUGGCUGAUCUCUUAUAUAUAACAUAUGUUUGUAAUAUGAAUGGUAUGUGAAUA